AUGCCAUCGACAAAACGCAAGACGCCCUCGGCUGCCGCGGCAAUCGAGGCGCCGUCCAGCAAGAAGGGCAAGACGGCCUCGUCCUCGUCCUCGUCCUCCCGACCAUCAAAGAAGGCAGCCGCCCCACCACCAGCCGAGCUACCGCUGGGCAAGGCGCUCGCAUCGACCUCGAAAAAGACACGCGACCUCGCCAUCCGAUCGCUCUCGUCGUUCCUCUCGUCUCCGCGCCCCGCCCCGCUCUCGCCCCUCGAGCUCGAGAAGCUGUGGAAGGGAAUCUUUUACUGCUUCUGGAUGUCGGACAAGCCGCUGGUGCAGCAGGACCUCGCCAACAAGCUUGCAGAGCUCUGCCUCGUCUUCCCCAAGGAAAGCGAGGGAGAGGCCGAGGGCAAGGGGAAGGGGGGCGGAAGCAGGAUCACGAGGUUCUGGAACGCCUUUUGGCGCACCAUUGUGCGCGAGUGGCACGGCGUCGACAAGCACAGGAUCAACAAGUUCCUCCUGCUCAUGCGCAGGUUCAUCAAUGCCGGAUUCCGCCUGCUGGCCACCGAGCAGUGGAACGCAGAGGCCACCGACCUCUUUGCCAGCAUGCUCUGCGCACCCGGCGCACCCCUCGCCGUCAACGACACAAAGGUGCCCGUCUCGAUAACCUACCACGUCGCCGACAUCUACCUCGAGGAGCUCGAAAAUGCCGUCACGUGGAGCCAGGAACUCUCCUCGACGGAGGAGGAGGAUGAGGAGAACGAAGAGGGAGGCGAUGACGGCAACGGCGACGACGAGAACGUCACGCUGGUGCCCGUCACCAAGCUCCUCUCGCCCUUUAUCCAGAGUGCGACAGUGGCGCUCAACAAGGUGACGUACGCCAACAUCAUGGAGAGCGUCAUCCAGCCGUUCCUCGACGACACGCUGCGGGCGGCUCAGCACCUCGUCGAUGCCGAUGCGGACGAUGACGAGGACGACGAGGAGGUUGAGGAGGCGGUGGCAUCGAGGGACGGAAAGGCCGCGGCCAACGGCAAGGCGAAAGCCGCUGCUGACGGAGAAGGUGCAGCGGCCGAAGAGGAGGGAGAGAAGGAGGAGGAGGAGGAGGAAGAAGAGGACGACGAGAACGACGAGGCCGCAUCGGACGCAGACUCGGACGACUACCCAGACUUUGACUCUGACGCCGCGGGCGACGACGAGGAUGCGGUGCAGUACCCGAUGCUCCUCGCCCUUGCCGAGCCCGUCGCCUCUCCCAACGCAGAUGCCGACGAGGACGAGGCAGAAGACGACGAGGACGACGAGGGGCCGCUGGCGCUGCGCCGGGCCGUCUUCCGCCUUCUGUUCGAGGCGGCCUCCAGCCCCUCGGCGCACCACUCGCGCAGGAGGAAGAUCUAUGAGCUCUGGAGGGAGGAGCAGGAUCGCCUCAAUGCCCUCGACGGAUCGGGCGUCGAUGCCGUCCUCCCCGCUUCUGCCGCUCAAGAGACGGAAGCACUCGAAGAAGGUGACGACGAUGAGGAGGAGCAGGACGACGAGUAG